AUGGCCGAGCGCAAUGUCCACGCAGGGGACAACUGGGCUCUCCGCUAUGACAACAUGCGUUUCCAUGUCCCCACGUCACUCUGCCACUUGCCCUAUAUGGACUAUGACCAGAAGCUCCUUACUUCCCACCGUCUUUCGAAAGAGGAUCUGGCUUCCCAGGUACGACAAUAUGUCAAGGCUUUCAAUCUCAACAUGAUCACCUCGGCACAGAUUCAAUGGACCGAGUAUGAUCCAUCGACUAAGCGGUGGAUAGUCAAGUUCCAGACUCCUGUUGGUCAACAUAAAGCAAUCUCUAAACACGUUGUCAUGGCCGCAGGUAUUGCAUCCCAAAAAAUGAAUAUACCAUCGAUAGCAGAUUCCCACCUGUACAAAGGUACCAGUAUUCAUUCAGAGCAAUACAAGAAUGCCGAGCAACUGAAGGAGAAGGGGGCGAAGUCAGUCAUAGUCAUUGGCUCCGCCAAUACAGCCUUCGACAUCCUCGAAGAUUGCUACGCUGCAGGAUUCCAAACAACAAUGAACGUGCGAUCGCCAACAUACAUAGUCCCAGUGGACUACGUCGAUAACCCAGCCAGCCUAGGCGCCUAUGAUUCCGGCGUUGAGCUCGCAGAUAACCGUUUUAUGACAGUCCCGACAAUCAUAGAUGCCCAAUUCGCCCGCAACUUGUUUGCGCAUUUCGCAUCACAGGAGCCAGAUCGCUACAAAGCUCUGGCAGCAGCUGGAUUCCCCGUCCUGGACAGCAACAACCCAGAAUGUGCAUUGAUGCAGAACCUGAUCGAGCGUGCUGGCGGACACUAUGUCGAUGUGGGCGGUACCAAGCUGUUGGAAGAAGGCAAGGCUGGUAUCAAAGCUAAUGUUGAGCCUGUUGCAUACACGGCAAUGGGGCUGCGGUUCUCGGAUGGCAGUCAUAUUGACGCGGAUGCUGUCAUCUGGUGUACGGGAUUUGCUGAUAAAAACGUGCGCGAAACUGCCGCUGAGAUCCUAGGAGGCUCUCCAGGUCAGGCUCCCGGCGGUGCCAAGAAUGACAAGAAUAGCGUGGACGGUGAGGCCAAUAGUAAGAAGAAGCUCGGCCCUCGCGAGAUUGCUGCUCGCAUCGACGCCACAUGGGGUGUUGAUUCCGAGGGCGAGAUACGUGGCUUAUGGAAGAGGCAGUCACGCCUUCAUGACUUCUGGGUGAUGGGUGGCUAUACACAGCAACACCGGUGGCACUCGAGGACGUUGGCGCUUCAAAUCAAAGCUGAGUUGGAUGGUGUUUUGCCGCCGGCUUAUCUAGAUACACCGAUCUUGACCAAUUAG